CCCAAAAACGCAACUAUGGGAGAGGUGCCUCACAGCGUGCCUCAAAUUUUGGGUAUAGGUCUGUUAUGUGAUCGUGGCGCAGCAGACCGCUCCUUCCCGAGUUCGUUAGCGCAAAUGAGUCACUAUGAUAUGAUCGCACCGCCAUACGACACAUCCUACAAUACGUGAAUCCGCUGCGGAGUCAUGAUUUGAGUCCCGAUCAGGUACAAGGUGGUAUACUUGAUAAAUAAUGGAAAGGUAGAGGUGAUGUCCUAAGUUUUUAUAAGUAGAUUCAAUUUGUUCUAACUGCUCAGCGACGUUUCUACAAUUCUUCCAAGAUCCCAAAGCUAUGGAGGGCCAUCAUACGACUUCGGCUUCUAGGACCAUUCCGGUGACAUCUUACGAGACUGCACUUUGUAUUCUACUGCCAGUCGAGCAGUGCGAGCACAUUGACAACCUACGCGAGCUUUACGACAAAGCAUAUGGAGCAUGGCCAGCUCAUAUAAACCUCGUAUACCCAUUCGUUGCGCCCGAGCAUCUUCCGCAGGCACGACAGCAGAUUCAAGCACAAAUUCAGAGCAAGCUGAACUCUUUUACGUCACGUCAAGUCAAGCUCGAAUCAGCCGUCCUUCUCCAGCAACGACACAACAGCACCGCAGUUCUACAAGAGUCUCGAGAUUCAUCAGGUGGUUCCUUGGACGAACUGCGAUCUUUGUCCCUCGAGGCUCUUGGUCACAAACCCCAACCAAACAACUUCCACUUGACUGUGGGCCAAACUGAAGAUAACUCACUAGCUUCACGCGAGUUUUUGUUAUCCAAAUUACAGCUACUACCAACCUUGAGUUUCGAGAUUGGUCCAUUGGUCAUCCUUGUCCGCGAACGAACAUCGGGCUCGCAACUUGCAUAUCGAAUGCGACUGUGGGGUUUGAUUGACACUAUUUUUGCACCAACUAGAUCUACGGUCCCAACACCGGAGUACUGGCUUAGAGAAAGUUCGUCUAGCGCUGUUGAUGAAGAACAAGAGGACGAUGAGGCCGAAUCAUCUCACCAAACAAAAAAAUUCAUCCGUACUAUCAAAUCUGGCAAAUCUUUCUUCUUCGAUAAAGUUUUGGGGAUUUGGAUCAAAGCGAAGAUGAUAGAACCAAGCCACAUGAGACAAAAUUCGCUUGUAGUAUCAAGCUACAAUGUCCUGGUCAAAUCCGAAUUCCCACCAGCCCAGAACCGCGAUCCGCUUCUGAUCCGGACGUUGCUGUCAGAUACAGCAGAAGCAGAUAUCACCGUUCUGCAAGAAGUAUCUGAUAACUUUCUCUCGGCCCUCCUCAACCAUCCAGAUAUCCAGAAACAGUAUCCGUUCAGCUCUCAUGGGCCGCCAAGCCAACCGGACAUUGGCCCACUGCCCAGCCUACGGAACGUUGUCAUUAUUAGCAAGUGGCCAUUUCGAUGGGACUCAGUUCCAUUCCACAGAAGACACAAGGGUGCUGUAGUUGCAACUUUUGAUUCUGCCGCUAUUGGUGGUUCUUUGGUCGUUGCAGGAAUUCAUCUCACGUGCGGCUUAACCGAUGGCUCCGUUGCCGCGAAGAAGAUACAGAUACAGAAGCUCUUCAACUAUUUAACCUACCAACACAGUGAUAGCCCAUGGAUCGUUGCUGGAGACUUCAAUCUAACAACUUCAGUCCACACCAUCGACAAUGCAUUGGAGCUCAGGUCGAUCACUGGCCAGACGAAACACACUCUUGCUGCUGUCGAAGACCAGCUACGCGGAGACGGCCUUCUAGAUGCGUGGGUAGUCACUCGUAAUGAGCGGAUUAGCAGUGUGAUCAGUGUUGACACCAACGCAUUGUUCGACGGAGAGGAAGGGGCUACUUUCGAUCCAAGAAACAAUAUACUUGCGGCUGAAUCGUCUGGAACGUCCCAAAAUAGACCGCAACGAUACGACCGUAUCCUUGUCCGGCCACGGGAUAAACUUCAGAUCACCGGCUUUAGGAUGUUCGGGCUACCCGCAGGUGUCGACGGUACAAACGUGGUUCCGAGUGACCACUAUGGAGUGAGAGCUUCCAUGCAACUUUGCAGACCCCCCGAACAACUCUCUCCAGAUCAUCAUGAAUUGUUAAAGAGUUUCAAAGUGGCUUUCCAGAAUCGCUCCCAUCUAGCUCUUCCAGAUCUGGAGUCCGCAUUGCAGGAAAAUCACAUGUUUCUAAGCGAGGAAGAGAGGACGAAACGGCAAGCGGCGUUCCAUUUACUGAGAGAAGCGGUACUUGGUAAAUUCUGCAACGAAAGUUCAGUGUCGGCUGAUGUUCCACUAAGAAUUGUACCAGUGGGCUCUUUCGCGCUGAAUGUCGAUACGUCGACAUCGGACAUCGACUGCCUUUGCAUUGGUUCCAUUAGCUCAAAGAUCUUCUUCAAGCUCGCACGCCAAAGACUACAGAGGGCUGAGACCUACGGCAUUCGCAUACUCCGGAAGGUCGAGGCAAGUACAGGGACAAUGCUCGAACUUUCUGUCAAUGAUGUAGUUAUGGAUUUACAAUACUGCCCUGCCGCUCGAAUUGUGGAGAGAUGGUCGGAAAUCGAUGGAUUGGCUCCAUCAGAUCCGAUAUUCAACCUCUCAAUCCUCUCUUUGCGAAAACUGAAGCCUUACCGCGACUUAGCUUACAUCAAACGUACAUUGCCUGAUCUCAGUACGUUCAGCGUGGCGUAUCGGGCCAUCAAACUUUGGGCUUUUCAACGUGGCAUCUACUCCUCGAAGUUUGGGUAUCUAGGAGGCAUACACAUUACUCAGAUGUUGUCUUGGGUCUACAAGCGCGUUGCGCACGAUGUCGCUACCCAUGGAGACCAUCUUAUCGCAGUCGGCGAUCUCGUAGCAACUUUCUUCCAUUAUUACGCAAACUUCAACUGGGCUAACGAUAUGGUCUUUGAUGUCUUUUUCCACAGGCACAAGCCGCGCUAUCAUCGGACUACGCGGGAGCCGAUGGUGAUUUUGGGAUUACAUCCCCCCAAUUCGAACAUAGCGCAUACAUCGACGUUGCCAGGGUUAUUGACACUGGUGAAGGAGUUCAAGACUGCAGAUUCGCGGUUGUCAGACCCCUCCACGACCUGGCAGAGUUUCUUCAUGCCUACUGGUAUACACACUUUCGAUGGCAUGGGAAUUGGCGAGACGGAGUUCCUGCAAGCCUACAAGAGCUAUGUGCGCAUUGACAUACACUUCUGGGGCCGUACGCUCGCAAAAGGCAAAGGGUUAGUAGGCUGGGUAGAAUCGCGUUGCCUACCACUCGUUAUCGACAUCCACAGAAACUUUCCAGAAUCCAACAUCCGAUUGUGGCCUGCACGUUUCGCCGACAAUGAGCUUCACCAGCUUGAUGAGAAUAAGGACUAUAAUGGCUGUUACCUCAUUGGCCUUCAAGGACUCACUAAUGCAAAUCUGAUGUUCACAAACAGAGACGAGCGGCAAGCUGCAAAGCAGUCUUUGGACAAGAUUAUCGAAGGGUUCCUCACUCAGCUCAGGAUGGAUGAGAAGAACUAUGACGCGAACAGUUCAUGGAUCGAUGCAUCAAUCGUUACGCAACGCGACCUCCGUAAACUUCAAUUAGAUAAGCGCGACUGGGGCGUCUUUGCAAUGGAGAUCGAGCCUGACUCGGACGAGGAAGAGGAGCUGGACGACGUCAACACCGACGAUGUCGAACUACCCAAGCAGCCGAUGCGUUGUAAGCCGAAGUCAUCAUCGAAGCCCGUGUCCAUGAUGAAGCUACGACCAGCUUCCGACGUUCUCAAUCGUCUGCGCUGGGAUCCAAGUCUCGAUCCUACAGACUAUAUCAUCGGCUACGAGGACCGGUUUAUCGGUACAAAAGAAAUCAGUCUCGAGAAGUGGAAGACCGAGCAGACAGACGAGGAGUUCAUUCCUCAGCACCGCAUCUUGUUCUUCCGCAAAAAGGUCGGUGGUGCAGGUAACAGUAAGGGUGAAGUGGUUUGGGAGCGUGCGACGAGAAUCGACAAGGUGUUUGGUAGCGGCGCUGGCGCUGGAUUGUAAGCGACACACUUUGCCUGCGUAUAGUACUUGCCUCUCACGUUGCAGGAUAAACGGCGGACUAAGGAUGUAAGCCAAAUACACCUUACAACAGCAGAGUAGGGGAAACACCGAAACAGCUCUACGACGUGCUCUUUUUUGCCUACAAUCUGGGUGAUAGUUAAGUAGGUUUUAGCUUUGAGUAUUAUAAUA